CGAGGCUACAGGUAUGACAUCAUUCGCAGUCACACGAAUUUUUGAUUGAUUAAAUGGCACACUCUUGAGAAAAAAAAUAGCAGGACUGAAAAAAGCGGUUGUCUAUAUCCUAUUCCAAUUUACCAUGAACGCAGAGGAAGCCGAAUCGUAUCAGUUCCAGUUAGACCAGAUAGAGUUUGCUCUUUCAAAAGAUCCCGAAAAUGAAGAGUUGAAGAAACUAAGAACUGAUUUGAAGGAAUUGAUUGCGCUGACGCAACAGUUUGACAUUGCGCAAUCCAGCAGCAAGAAGGACAAGAAGUCGCCCGCAACGCCUUCGACUCCCACCUCCGCCUCGACAUCAACGCCUACAACACAGACCCAAUCGCCGGUGACUUCGAAAUCAGCAUUAGCGUCACAUCAGUUUGCGGUUGGCCAAGAAGUGUUGGCGAAAUGGUCAGGUGAUGGACAGUUCUAUCGUGCUACAAUUACCGCUAUUGGUGGUGCAGAUCAAGUGUUCUCAGUUGUGUUUCGUGGUUAUAAGGAAAGCGAAGUUGUGAAAGCGGAAGAUGUACAAUUACUGGAGAAGGAUAAAAAACGACCAGGUAUCUUUGAAGAUGUGGUGGCGCCACCAAAGAAGAAGAAGGCGAAAAAGGACAAGCCCUCUGGCCCUAAAAAGGUAUCGGAAGCGGAAGUCAAAAAGAAUGCUUGGUUGAAUUUUGCAUCAAAAUCAGACAAGAGUAAAACCAAGAAGAAAAUGGCGGCGACUCCCAUUAACAAGAAGAGCAUUUUUAAAACUCCCGAUAAUCCCGAAGGCAAAGUCGGUGUCAUUGGUAGUGGUCGCGGAAUGACGGGAUUUCAACGACGUGGCAAACACGUUUAUACCGGAGGAGAAAACGAUGAAGAUUAGGAUUAAAAAGAUCAAGGCUGCUUUUCUCACUUAAUCUUUGUUAUCCUCUUUUCUAAUGGCAGGAUGUAAGCUUAGAAAACCACGAAAAAAAAGAGAGAGA